AUGGAAUCUCCCUUCAAGCCAGAUAUACUGAAAGGAAAGGUUGCAUUGCUGACUGGUGGUGGAUCAGGUAUUGGAUAUGAGAUAGCAGCACAGCUGGGGAAACAUGGUGCCUCAGUUGCCAUCAUGGGCCGACGCAAGAACGUCCUCGACUCUGCUGUAUCUGUUCUUCGUUUUCUGGGUAUUCAGCCAGAUAUACUGAAAGGAAAGGUUGCAUUGCUGACUGGUGGUGGAUCAGGUAUUGGAUAUGAGAUAGCAGCACAGCUGGGGAAACAUGGUGCCUCAGUUGCCAUCAUGGGCCGACGCAAGAACGUCCUCGACUCUGCUGUAUCUGUUCUUCGUUUUCUGGGUAUUCAGGCUUCAAUGUUGGGCAUAGUGACUCAUCAAGAACUUUUGCCAAACGAUACUGCUACAACAGUGCACACGCAUCUUGAUCCAACGGUGCAGACGCUGAAGUCGGCUAUUGGGCUUGAAGGAGAUGUUCGUAAACAAGAUGAUGCAGUCAGAGUUCUAGAAACAACAAUUAAGCAUUUUGGCAAGCUUGAUAUUCUCGUGAAUGCUGCAGCUGGCAAUUUCCUUGUUCCAGCAGAGAAUUUGUCCCCUAACGGCUUUCGUACAGUGAUGGAUAUAGAUUCCGUUGGCACUUUUACUAUGAGCCGUGAAGCACUUCAGUAUCUUAGGAAAGGUGGCCUUGGGAAGGACCCAUCUAGUGGUGGAAUUAUUAUAAACAUAAGUGCAACUUUGCAUUAUACAGCAACUUGGUAUCAAGUACAUGUUUCUGCUGCCAAGGCCGCUGUUGAUAGCCUAACAAGGAGCUUGGCUUUGGAGUGGGGAACAGAUUACGAUAUCAGAGUCAACGGGAUUGCACCAGGGCCUAUUGAAGACACCACUGGUUAUAGCAAACUUGCACCGGAGGAGGCAAGAAGCAAAUCAAGAGAAAAUGAUCCUCUAUAUAAAGUGGGAGAAAAAUGGGACAUUGCUAUGGCUGCUCUCUACCUGGCAUCAGAUGCUGGGAAAUACAUCAAUGGAACAACAUUAGUUGUGGAUGGAGGACUAUGGUUGAGCAAACCUCGCCAACUAUCAAAGGAGGCUGUGAAGCAACUUUCUCGAGCAGUAGAGAAGAGGUCUAGAGACGCACCAAUUGGGGUUCCAAGCAGCAAACUAUGACAAAUUCAUUCAAUGACGAAUAAUAAAUCAAGUUGGGCAGCAUGCAAUUCGGCUACAUUUUGGAUUAUCAUAGCAUAAUUAGAAGGCGAAUCCAACCGAACUUUGUGAAUAACAUACUGCCAAGAAUUUGAUUGCUUUGUACUUUACAGUUGCCUAUACAUUUGACUUGUUCAGUGCAACUUUCCUGGAACCUCAGAAUGAUAGAUAUUACCAACAACCCCCUUGGCAAGUCAAGGUCAUAUACAGAUUCUCUGUGAAAAGGAAAAAAAUUCCUUGUUUAAGAAUUUUGUUGGAACAGUUUGGCUCUUAAUUCCG